CUUUUGCAAAACACAAGGUUGUUGGUUAUUUGUCUUCCUUUGGGACAGUGUCCCUUCAUUUUCAGGGGCAUGUGUAUUCUUUUAGAGUAGACAUGCUUGGAUCUCCGUGUUUUGUGCAGACUUUACCGUCUUUCACUCACGGGCUCAGACAUACAGCUGUAAUCAGGUGCCUGAAGAGGUGCUCCAUCAACAUCACUCAUCCGCAGGGAAAUGCAACUCAGAACCGCAGUGAGACAUCACGUCACACCCGUUGGGAUGGCGAUGGCACCGCCCUGGAGAGCGGAAGCAGCGUUGCACUGUCCACGCUGGAGGAGAUACGGGAACAAUCCAGCUGCCCCCCAUCAAUGGAUAAAGAGCAAGUAACCGGCAGAAGUUUUGGUGACAAAGAUUUUCGGACAGGGUUAGAAAAUGGAAUCCUCCUCUGCGAGUUGCUGAAUGCUAUAAAGCCAGGACUUGUUAAAAAGAUCAAUAGAUUGCCUACCCCCAUUGCGGGAUUGGACAAUAUCAUCUUAUUCUUGAGAGGUUGUAAAGAGCUUGGCCUGAGGGAAUCUCAACUUUUUGACCCUAGUGACCUACAGGAUACAUCCAACAGAGUGACCGUCAAGAGCCUCGAUUACAGUAGGAAACUGAAAAAUGUAUUAGUUACCAUUUACUGGCUGGGAAAAGCAGCAAAUAGCUCUGCGUCCUACAGCGGAACGACACUGAACCUGAAGGAGUUCGAAGGCUUGCUGGCUCAGAUGAGAAAGGAGACCGAUGACAUCGAGAGCCCUAAGCGCAGUAUCCGGGACAGCGGCUACAUAGACUGCUGGGACUCCGAGCGCAGCGACUCACUGUCCCCACCUCGCCACGGCCGAGAUGAUUCCUUCGACAGCCUGGACUCCUUCGGGUCCCGAUCGCGGCAGACGCCCUCGCCAGAUGUUGUCCUCCGGGGAAGCAGCGACGGGAGGGGAAGCGACUCUGAGUCUGACCUGCCGCACCGCAAGCUGCCGGACGUGAAGAAGGAUGACAUGUCUGCGAGGCGGACGUCCCACGGCGAGCCCAAGUCGGCGGUGCCGUUCAACCAGUACCUCCCGAACAAAAGCAACCAGACGGCCUACGUGCCGGCGCCUCUGAGGAGGAGGAAGGCUGAGCGGGAGGAGUACCGGAAGAGCUGGAGCACCGCCACCUCGCCCCUGGGCGGGGACCGGCCCUGCAGAUACGGGCCGAGGACUCCUGUGUCUGAUGACGCAGAGAGCUCCAGCCUGCUGGACAUGCGGUGUGAGGAGGAGGCCGCGGUGCAGCCACACAGCAGGGCCCGCCAGGAGCAGCUGCAGCUCAUAAAUAGCCAGCUGCGCGAGGAGGACGACAAGUGGCAGGACGACCUGGCUCGUUGGAAGAGCCGUAGAAGAAGUGCUUCCCAGGACUUAAUCAAGAAAGAGGAAGAGAGGAAGAAAAUGGAGAAGUUACUGGCUGGAGAGGAUGGGACGAGUGAACGAAGGAAAAGCAUCAAAACCUACAGAGAAAUCGUUCAAGAAAAGGAGCGGAGAGAGAGGGAGCUGCAUGAGGCCUAUAAGAACGCGCGGUCCCAGGAGGAGGCAGAGGGGAUCCUUCAGCAGUACAUCGAGAGGUUCACCAUCAGCGAGGCUGUCCUCGAACGCUUGGAGAUGCCAAAAAUUCUGGAAAGAAGCCAUUCAACGGAGCCAAACUUAACCCCCUUCCUGAACGACCCUAACCCCAUGAAGUACCUGCGGCGACAGUCACUGCCUCCACCCAAAUUCACUGCCACCGUGGAGACCACCAUCGCCCGGACCAGCGUUCUGGAUACCGGCGUGUCAGCAGGCGGCGGGUCUCCAAGCAAGACUGUCCCUCCCAAAGCAGUGCCUAUGCUGACACCCAAGCCUUACUCCCAGCCCAAAAACUCUCAAGACGUUCUGAAGACCUUUAAGGUAGAUGGGAAAGUCAGCAUGAAUGGAGAAGCAGUUCACGGUGACAAGGAGAAGGAGAGAGAAUGUCCCACAGUGGCACCUGCUCCCUCAUUAACCAAACCCCAGAUGUUUGAAGCUGUGGCCAGAGUGCACGGGUCCCCAGUGGAGCUCAAACAGGACAACAAUAGCAUUGAGAUCAACAUAAAGAAGCCCAGUUCCGUUCCCCAAGAACUGAGAGCAACCACUGAGGAAACUGAACCCAACAGUCAAGAGGAUGAAAAUGAUGGUGGAAAAACACAGAAAGGAAAUACAGAACUCGCCCCAUCAGAGCCACAGCAUUUCACGACAACUGUGACUCGGUCCAGCCCGACUGUGCCCUUUGUAGAGUUUCCCUCCAGCCCCCAGCGGAGGAACGAUGUGCCACCAGAAGAAGACCAGAAGAAACUAGGAAAUGAAAUGAGUGGGAAGGUGGAGUUGGUGCUGUCCCAAAAGGUGGUAAAGCCAAAAUCACCAGAACCUGAAGCAACCCUGACAUAUCCAUUUCUGGAAAAAAUGUCUGAAACCAACCAAUUACACUUGCCAAAUCUCAAUUCUCAAGUGGAUUCUCCAGGCAGUGAAAAGUCUCCUGUAACUACUCCUUUCAAGUUUUGGGCGUGGGACCCAGAAGAGGAGCGCCGGCGACAGGAAAAGUGGCAACAGGAGCAGGAACGUUUGCUCCAGGAGAGAUACCAGAAGGAACAGAACAAGCUGAAGGAAGAGUGGGAAAAGGCCCAGAAGGAGGUAGAGGAAGAGGAACGCAGAUACUACGAGGAGGAGCGCAAAAUAAUUGAAGACACUGUGGUUCCAUUUACUCUUUCUUCAAGUUCUGCAGACCAGCUGUCUACGUCCUCCUCUGUGACCGAGGGCACCGGGACAGUGAGUAAGAUGGACUUGGAAAAUUGUCGGGAGGAAGAACAGGAGACAAAACAGAAGAAGCCACUCCGGGGGGACGACAGUGAUUUAAUGCCUAAGACUAGGGAAGAUCACCCCCUGGAGGGAAAGGGCAGCCUAACUCAAGGGGCCUUGGCUCCUUCUAAGAAUCCUGGAUCGAAAGGAGUCCAUCAGGACCAUCAGCUGGAUGCAGAAACGGGGGCCCUCCGCUGCGGGAUGAACUCCCAGCUAGCUCAGGAUCCACCCCAGAAUACGCAGGUAUCAAACCCACCAAUGCACGUUUUAGAAGAUGUGAAGCCAAAAACGCUCCCUUUGGAUAAAAGCAUUAACCAUCAGAUUGAGUCACCGAGUGAGAGACGGAAGAAAAGCCCUCGAGAGAAUUUCCAGGCCGGGCACUUGUCCCCCUGCUCUCCCACCCCUCCUGGCCAAUCACCAAACAGGUCGAUCAGCGGGAAGAAGCUGUGCUCGUCCUGUGGGCUCCCCCUGGGGAAGGGAGCGGCCAUGAUCAUCGAGACGCUGCAGCUCUACUUCCACAUCCAGUGCUUUCGGUGUGGACUCUGCAAAGGACAACUUGGGGACGCGGUGAGCGGGACAGACGUCAGGAUCCGCAGUGGCCUGCUCAACUGUAACGACUGCUACCUGCGAUCCAGAAGUGCCGGCCAGCCCACCACCCUGUGACGUGGCUUCAGGCUUCCCGCUCACCCGUCGCUCUGUUGAGGGGGCGUCCCCUGUGACCGUUUAACACCACCCCACGUGCAGGGCCUUCUGGGCGGCGAUCUCAUUUCUGAAAAGAUGGUAUCUGUUCUUCUAUAGCACAGCGUUUGUGUUCUUCCCUGGUUUUGUUUCGGGUUUGACUUUUGUUUUGUUUUGGGUUUGCAUUCGCAAAGUACAUCCGAAAGAGUCCUGAGCUGCAGGGGGCCUGUGGGUCCCCAGGAUGGCUCCGGGUCCCUGGGCGGCCUCCCUUGAGAACCGGCCAGAUGCGGGAUGCAAGGCCGCUGGAUGUGGGCAGGGGUCCCAUGCGUCGGUUUGCGGAGGGCGGCUGCAGGGCUCCAGCUCGGGCCGUGUGAGCGCAGCCUCCUUGGGCCGAAGCUGCGGUUCAGCGGGGCAGGACUGGGGUGGGGGGCCCCCGCUGGCCCCGAGCUACACCUGGGCCGCAGCGCCACACCCGCAGCACCUGUCACCCCCGGUACGCAGAGGCCAUGCCAGUGGCAGCUGUGUCUCGGGGGUUGUGGCGUGCUGGCAGCCGGCCCGUCAGAGCCCGCACCUGGUGAGCCCCCCGACACCCCCACCCUGGGCCCUGCCAGGGGGUGGACCCCACAGGGAAAGGUUUGGGGCAUCGUUUCCGAAGCUGUGACCGAACCACGCGAGGAGGCUGCCUGUUGGAAGGGCGCUGGGCAAGACCCCGGCCUGGCGACAGGUGCACACGGGGGCCCCGGGACCUGCCGCCCUGAGUGACCGCGGUGCCAUCGCGGGGACCAGAGCCCACGUUGUGCCCUGCCCGGUGCAGCAGGUGCGCCCCGUCCAUCCUCCCGCGUCCCGCGUCCCCCACUGCUUGGGUGAGGCCGCCAGGGGACCGCGGGGCUGGCCGUGCUGGGAGCUGGCUCAACGGAGGCUCCGGGUCCCCGGCGCGACUGCCUCCGUGUCCAAGCUGUUUUCUUCAAGACUGGGCCACGGGGCCUAUUUAUCCUGCCUUAAAAAGACGGCAAAUAAGUGAAGAUGACAUUUUGUGAAUGUAGACUCUGGGUAGACUCCUAAUAGGUUAGCGUAGUCAUGAGGAGGAGCUCGAGUAGAUGUCCGUCCCGUUUAUGUAAGCAAUAAUUCUUUUCUGUGUCUUAUUGAGUAUGGCUAGCAAUUAUUUAUUUACAGGCUAGACUGUCCUCUGCAUGCGGGUUCCAUGUAAGUGCAGAAAUUUCCUCAGCCACCGGAGGUAUUUUGACCAUUUUGCCAUUUGGAUGAGCUGUCGUUAGAUUGAAAUUUACACAUCAUUUCAUUAAAAAAAAAAAAAAAUCGUGCCUUAGAAAAUGCGAAGCUGUUGCACAUAGUCCGUGAUGAAUUAUGGAUGCAGUACCUUGGAGAGAGAGGAAGUCACUUCCAAGUCACCAAGACUUCGCAUGGAAGUGUUUGCUGUUUUACGGGGAGGAAAAAAAAAAUUCAAAAAAAAAAAAAAAAGAAAAAUAGAAAAAAAAUCAAAAAGUUUUGAAAAUGUACAGAUUAAGUUCAAUAUUUUGAUUAACCACCUGCAUGUUUUAUUAAAUAUUUUGAUAAUGUGGAUGUUUACACUUUGCAUGAUAUUAGCGGAGUACCUUACCACAAAUAAUGCACAGAACAUGUACAAUAUGAUCAUUCAUAACCGAUUUUUAUAGGAUACUUUUUACAUGUGGAACUCCAUCUGUUAUGUAAGGAUUAUAUGAAUAUUGCACAUUCUCCUCUGGUUUCACAAACCCAUUUAUACAUAUUUCUUAGACUCAUUGUACAUGUAUUGAAGCCUGAAUCGAGUCAAGAAAAAUAAAGCCCCAUUCUCCGCCUGCGAAAUGUGCUUUCCCAUAAUGAACAAUAGUCACCAGCACAGAAUAAUCUCCAACAUUUUCUAAAUUCUAAUUGCCAACUGUUUCUAUUUAUAUUUGAUUUAUAUUUCAUUUGGAGUCUGUUACAUGGCAGCUCGGACGGACUAGAUCUUGUUUUUUCCAAUGCAGCAUAAGGAGUAUGAUCUAUUUCUUUUCAAAUAAUCUUUGAAAUCCCAGGAAAAAAAAAAAAAAAGAUGCUCUGCUCCGUGGAGCUACGAGGUAAAUGCGUUUGUUUAAAAAACAGAUGAGGCAAGUGAGUGAUUUAUCGUUCCUGAGGAAAUAUAUCUGAUUUUUCUCCCCCUCAUACUGCAGAAGCUAGUCCUUUCUUAAGAAAAAAAAGAAAAGAAAUGGGUAACUCUUUGUUUUCUCACUAGCACACUUUCAUGGCAUUUCCUCAUCCUUUCUGUGUAGUGUUACUAAUGCGGCGCCUAUUGUAGUUCCUCUGUACGCCGUGUAGGAUUAACAGACUGAGACGAUCCACCUCCUGCGUGGGUCCAUCCAAGAGAUGUUACUGUUCUGGGUGGGUGGGCCAGUGUUCCGUAUCAGUUAUACUAACCUUCAUUUAAGAUAUUUAUUCUAAAAUGCCUCUGACAAAUAGUAAAAAAGAAAAAAAAAUUAAAAAGUUGUCUAAAAUGCAACAGCUUUUAUAGUAAAUGUACAUUUAUAAAUAAAAUACUCGAAUCAA